CCCUUUCAUAGUACGCCUGUGAAAUGCUCACUGCUUUUCUACUGGUUUGUGUGCAGUUCAAGCUCUGCAAGGUGAGGUCUGUUCAGUUUGGCCAGACAGGCAUCCCCUACCUGAACACCUACGACGGCCACACCAUCCGCUACCCCGACCCGCUCAUCAAGGCCAACGACAACAUCAAGAUCGAUCUGGAGACCAACAAGAUCAUGGACUUCUUCAAGUUUGACGUCGGCAACGUGGUCAUGGUGACCGACGGGAGGAACACCGAGCGUGUAGGAGUGAUCAAGAACUGGGAGAAGCACAAGGGAAGCUUCGAGGUCAUCGACGUGCUGCUUGGAGCUUUUUGCUAUGUCUAGUUUUCUCCUAUUUGUUGUACAGGAAAACAUAGAAUGGAAUUCAAAUUUGGUGGUC